AUGGGAGAGUUCAAGCUGUUGCGACAUAAGGCUGCGGGACAUGAGGGAACUUUAACCGACAAGGAUGAAGUGUUGGUUUUCAAGGUACUGACGCAGCAAGAGCUCGAUUUCUACCAAGUCGUGCAGGAAAAAUCAUUGAGAGAAUCCGAUGCAGCCGAUGCAGCCGAUGGAGACUUGCCGCUAUCUGCAUGGUUACCGACUUUUCUUGGUGUGCUGGAUGAAAGUUUGCAAGAGAGGGGCCCUGGCGAUAGCACGGCUAUACUGUCAGACUCGCAGACAACUCCAAAAUCAGGUGGAAGGAAGUUACUUGUCUUAGAGAACUUGCUGUACGGCUAUUCUCAACCAAACGUUUUGGAUGUGAAACUGGGUAAAAUACUUUUUGAUGAACAUGCGAGUGAGGAGAAAAGGCAAAGGUUAAGUGAGGUAAGUAGGACCACAACGUCGGGAAGUUCGGGGUUUAGAAUUUGUGGAAUGCAUAUGCAGGCAAAUGAGCUAACUAAGGAAAUAGAUGAGGUACAUUUUGAGGAAACUGAUACUGGUAAUAUAUUCAUCAACAAAAAUUUUGGACGCUCUCGCACAGUAGACAACAUUGAAGGCGCAUUCAAUCUCUUUUUUGCAAACGAUAGAUUAUCAGAAAAGCGAAUCAAACAGCUGAAAGAGAUUUUCCUGCAGAGAAUACAAUUGCUUUAUAAUACUUUAUUAGAUGAAGAGGUGCGAAUGGUCUCUGCAAGUCUUUUGUUUAUUUAUGAGGGCGACCCAAACCGUUGGGAUACGCUAGAGGAUCAUGACCCUAUACUCAGAUCCGAUUUCAUAGAAUACAGCGAGGAUAAUGAGAGUGUAGAGGGGGAGUAUGAGGGCAAGAACAGAGAUUAUAAGGGUGAAGAAGACAGCAAUGAUUCUAUGCCAGAAAAUACCUCAUUGAGCACAUUAGCUUUGAUAGAUUUUGCCCAUUCUAAAUUUGUUCCUGGUGAAGGUUAUGAUGAGAACGUUGUCGACGCAGUAGAAAACUUGAUGAAACUUUUCGAUAAUCUUAAUUUAUAG